GAUUCGUUCUACGUUGAGAGUCUUCGCCCAAAAGUUCAUUUUUACAAUGCCAGAAGCAAAGUGUGUUCUUAAAUUCGCCAAAUUGAGUGAGCACGCCUUUCCUCCCACCCGGGGAUCAGCAAAGGCGGCUGGAUAUGACCUGAAAAGCGCGUACGACUACACGGUUCCUGCUCGUGGAAAGCAACUGGUAAUGACCGACAUUCAAGUACACGUACCGGAAGGAUGUUACGGCCGCGUGGCACCGCGUUCUGGGCUGGCCGUGAAGAACUUCAUCGACGUUGGGGCCGGAGUCGUUGACGAAGAUUACCGCGGGAACGUCGGUGUCGUGCUAUUUAAUCACGCCGAAACUGAGUUUGUGGUCAAGAGAGGUGACCGAAUCGCGCAGUUUAUUUGUGAGAGGAUUGCCUAUCCGGAGUUGGAAGAAUUGCCAGCUCUCACAGAUACGGAACGCGGUGCCGGAGGAUUCGGUUCCAGCGGAACCAAUUAAACAUACAUUCCUGUAAUUUCAUGUGUACUGUUCCUUAAGCAUA